CAAUCGAUCAGCAACUAUCGCUCAUCUGCUCGAUAGUUGCUCACAUUUCUCUGAGUGUCCCCUCAGCAUUUAAUCAUAGCUGAGCUGUUUUAAUUUUCCUCACUUUGUGUUUGUUUCUGAUGCUUCAUUGUGCCUCAAGACAUUUUAACAUCUUCUUGAAUAAUAAUAUUAUUUUUUGUAAUUUCCCAUUGUGUGAUUCACAGAUUCUCAAUCUCUCCAUAAUAUUCAGUAAAAUAUUUCUGUAUAUGUUGUUUUAUUUGUUUACAGUAUCAGUGACCUGAAUUUUAUGGUAAAACUUUAACUAGUACAAUCGUAAUAUCUCAGUGAUGCCAAAACAUUAGUUAAUCAUUUAUUAGCUUUCUUUUAUUCUUAGCUUUUAAAUUUAGAUAUUUAGUAUAAAACAUUUGGAUCCAAAGUGAAAUAUUUAGUUUUCAUUUGUAUCUGCACAAAUCGACGUUCUGCUCAUGAGAGGAUUUAUUGGUCUCUAAUUCAGAGUUCUGUGUCUAGAAAUGAGGCUCAAAGAAAUUAAUCUCGACUAAAUUCAAACGUGUGAUGAGCAAAAUAAAUGUGUUCUGAUUUUUAUAUGAACAAAAAAAAAAAAAAAAAACGUCCAGUUCUGGGUAUGUUUUUGAAUCAGUGGGCAUCAUGGAGGGACUUUUAGGCAAUUAACCGCUGAAUUCAACAAAUCAGUGAAGUAAGCAUAAACCUUGACAAACAAAUAAGACGGAACAAAAGCUACCGAACCGGCUGAGGCCAUUGAAGUCUCCUUGAUGUGUCAUUGACAGUGACAGUAACCUGUUUGUACACUCGUAUAUAAUUGAAACCGCGUUCCUGAACGACGCCAGAGAACUGCAAUUAUGGUUUUACAGUUGAGACAUUUAACCUGCGGUGCCCAACAGGACCUUCAAAAAUGUCUCCAAGGAUCUACCUAGAAACACCUCAAGAACAUUCAUAAAAUCUACAGCCUAUCUAAAUAUGCUUAUGAACUCCUACAUCUCUUCAACAACCUUCUCAAGGUUCAAUGCAGUGCCCACCAGCAUCUUCUCAAGCGUAUUUGAAGAACCCAACACCUACAAAUGCCUUAAGAAUAUAAGGAUUAAAACCCAAAACCUUCCUGAAGACGCCAACAUCUGUCUUAGGAGCUCCUACAUCUAUUCAGCAACCUUCUCAUAAGCUCAGACAACCUCUCCAUUGACUACAGUGCCAACCAGGACCCCAGAACCUUCUUAAAAGAACACCUAGAAACACAUAUGUCCUCCUUAGGAUCUCUUCACCUCUUUAAUAACCUUCUCAAGGUUCAAUGCAGUGCCCACCAGGAUCUUCUCAAAUGUAUUCAACGAGCCCAACACCUACAAACACCUUAAUAAUAUGAGGUCUGGCUCCUGAAACCUUCCUAAAAUCCCCUCCAUCCUCCUCAGGAGCUCCUACAUCUCUUUAAUCUUAUUAAUCUUCUCAAUGGCCUAGACAACCUCUUCAUUGACUACAGUGCCACCCAGGACCCCAUUACUGAUUCAGUGACUUCUAAACCUUCUUCAAAGAACACCUAGAAACACCUCAAGGACUUUUAAAUACGCCUAUGUCCUCCUUAGGAACUCUUCACCUCUUUAACCACCUUCUCAAGGUUCAAUACGGUGCCUACCAGGACCUUCUAAACGCCUCUAAGGAGCCCAACACCUUUGCCUACAUCCGCCUUAAGAGCAACCACAUCUCUUCAACAACCUUCUCAAGGGUCCAAGCAAUCUCUUCAUUGACUACAGUGCCCACCAGGAUCUUCUAAACAUCUUCAAGGAUCUACCUAAAAGCACCUGAAGGACGUCCAUUAACUCUGCUACCUACCACAGAUGCCUCAAUCUCUUCAUUGGCUGUAGCGCCCACUAGGAUCUUCUAAAACAUCACCAAGGAGCCCAAAACCUCCAAAUACCCGAAGGACCUAAGGUAUGACUCCUGAAACCUUCCUAAAGAUGCCAGCAUCUGUCCUAGGAGCUCCUACGUCUCUUCCACAACCUUCUCAAGGGCCCAGACAACCUCUUCAUUCACGUGUUAAACUUCUUCAAGGUUCUACCUAGAAGCACCUCACGGACAUCCGUUCAGUCUGGAACCUACCUAAAGGCCUACAUCCUACAUCUCUUCGACAACAUCCCCAAGGGGCCAGAGAACCACCUCUUUAACAACCCUGUUAUUCCCAGUCUAGGGGUGUUUAGGACACAAUUAGUGCCCCCAUCCAUCUUCCAUAGGUCUCACGUAGGACACAAGGAGUUAAAUAUCAAGAAAAGUUGUUCAUUUACAAAAAUUAAACAAAAUGAAAGUAAGUGAAUGAUCAAAUAAAUCAAAAAUAACAAACAAAGAGAGAAAAUGAUAAAACUGGCAGUCCACGCUAACAGAACCGUUCGGGAGCGGUGCUGCCAUCCCCGGCUCGCCGUCUUAGCUUCUUAUUUACCCGAUGGCUCCCUGUUGCAGCCAAUCAGGAUCCAGGACCGGGACCUCUCGCACCAAUCACCUUCUGGAAACAGCACACACCUGAAACAAUGCAAAUUAAAACAAAGCAGCCAAACAAAACUCGUGGAUAUUUACGACCACAGUCAUAACACGAAGUUAAAUACAUAAUGCCAACCGAGAUCUUCUAAAACGUCUUAAAGGAGCCCAACGCCAACAAAAACGUAAAGAAUAUGAGGUCUGACCCCUGAAACCUUCCUGAAGACCCGUACGUCCUUCUUACAGAGUCCUACUCCUCUAUGAUGCUGCUUUGAGAUGCAGUAACAACUUUAAAUCACGUCAUAUUUUUAACUAUUUCCCUCAUAGAUUUUCUGUUUUUUGUCACUUCCACAGCCGCCGGUGCAGAGAUGACAGUCCUCUUCCUCCUCGUCUUCCUCCUCCUCCUCCUCCCGAGUCCUGCCUCGAUGCUGGAGUUUCGGUAUCACAAUAACCAGAACAUAGAGCAGUACCUCCACCAGGUCAGCACCUCCAACCCGGACAUCGCUCACCUGUACAGCAUCGGCCAGUCGGUCCGAGGUCAGGAGCUGUGGGUGUUGGCUCUGGGCGUCAACCCUCGCCAUCACGUCGUCGGCAUCCCAGAGUUCAAAUAUGUGGCCAACAUGCAUGGAAAUGAGGUUCUCAGUCGGGAGCUGAUGCUCCAGCUGAUCGACUUCCUGGUGAGCGGUUACCGCAGCAACGAAACAUGGCCGGUGCAGAUGCUGAGAAACACCCGCAUCCACAUCCUGCCGACGAUGAACCCCGACGGCUUCGACGACUCCGACACGGACUGUGUCUACAGCCAGGGCAGGUACACGAACGCACACCUCCGCACCGCCGGGCCCAGGACUCCUCCUCCUCCUCCUCUUCUUCUUCUUCUUCUUCUUCUUUUUAUUAGUUACAUACACACAUGCUAUAAACACGCACCAAGCGCACAAUCUACCAAGAAAAAGCAGAGUAAAGAAAAGGAAGAAAACCAAACCCUAGUUUAUCCCAGUUCACUGAGAUGGGAAAGUAAAGGUUUAACCUCAACGUGCCUGAACAGGCUUCCCGCGCCUCGCGGUGUCCGAGGGCAACCUCGGCUGGACGAGGACGAGAGGGAACCAGAGGUGAGAGCUGUGAUUGGCUGGUUGAGGACAGAGACAUUCGUUCUCUCUGCUAACCUCCAUGGAGGAGCUGUGGUGGCCAGUUACCCGUACGACAACGGCAACGGAGGCAGUGAGCUGGUGGGCGGGGCCAGCGUUAGCCCCGACAACGACGUGUUCGUUCACCUGUCCAAGGUUUACUCUGAGAACCACGGCACCAUGCACCAGGGGAACGUCUGCACAGACAGCGGGCCCUUCCCGGAGGGCAUCACCAACGGGUACCAGUGGUACCCUCUCAUAGGCGGGAUGCAGGACUACAACUAUGUGUGGGCUCAGUGUUUGGAGGUGACUCUGGAGGUGUCCUGCUGCAAGUUUCCUCCAGAAAAAGAGCUUCCUGGUCUGUGGAACGACAACAAAGGGGCUCUGAUGGCCUACAUGGAGCAGGUCCACCUGGGGGUCAAAGGCCGCGUGUUCGAUGGCUCCGGUAUGCCGGUGCAGAAUGCAGUGGUGGAGGUCAAAGGUCGCAAAAACAUGUGUCCAUUCAGAACCGACCGACAUGGAGAAUACUACAGACUGCUGUUACCUGGAACCUACAGCUUUACAGUGUCGUAUCCAGGUCACGAGGUUUUGACGGAGGUUCUCAACAUCACUGACGAUCAAAGUCGCUUCUCCGCCAUGAAGCACGACUUCCGGUUGCAACGCAUCGCCACAACGACUGGUUCCACCCCGGAUAACUUCAGCCCUAACCCCACACAAGCUCAAAUCACACCUCCCUGCAACUACACCUUACACCAGGGGGUGGAGGGGGGCGUCUCCGGGCUGACGUGGAGCAGACUGGCUCUGGGGCUCAGUCUGGUGGCGGGUUCACGAUUCCUGAUCGACUGAAAGCUGAAGCCGGAGCUAAAACAAAACCUCCAAUCAGACGUUUCUGAAGAGACAGUUUGACGUCAGGUUUGCCAAAAAAAAAAAAACUUAAUCAAAGUCAGAGGGAGGAAACGAACCUCAGAGAGAGGCACAUUGAACCUUAAUGGGAUGCAAUCAAAGAAUAAGAUGUAAGAGAUUAUUUGCAGUUUUUUUUUUUUUUUUUAUCACAGACGAUACUUGAUCCAGUAGCGAAAGCACAGCAGUAAAUAACACAAUGAAUUAUGUCUGGAUUCUAUUCAGCUGAUUCAGUUUCAGGGUUUGUUCGUGCUUCCGUCCACAGUUAAUUCAUUUCUAUCCUCAGCAUUAGUUGUAGUAAAGCUACGAGUCGGUUUGUCGAGCUAAACGGCAGGAGGCGCUAAUUUAGGUGCAAUUAAACUAUUCCAGAAGAGACGAUGUCGUGGAGAGGGCUCCAAGUGUAGCUUAAACUGUGAAAUUCAUAAAAAAUCGUGAUGGAUUAACUCCACACAGAUCAGAUGCUUUCAACAUUUUUUUUUUUUUUUUUUUUUUGGAGGCUCUCUUAUCGAUAUGCUAUCUUUUCCUUUUCUUAGCUUCUUGUCAUUUAAAACAUUAUUGACAUCUUGGCUUUUCUUAUUAGGACGAUUCAAAAUAUCUGCUGCAGAAAAGCUCUACAGGCUACUAAUGGCUAACGUUAUAGCUAGCUGGUCACAAUGGACAAACUAGCCAAAUACAAUGCUAAUAUACUGACGGCUAGCAAUAUGCUAACAUGAAUAUAUGUCACAUUAGCAACGCUAGCUAGCUUUCUCACUCAGUUUUUAAUAAUUCUUCCAUAUUUUGUGACACACUUUAUAUUCAAUUUGCAGAAGUAUUCAAAUAUCUUCUUCGGUUCUUCUCGGGUUGAGCUGCUCUCUAAGCGAUUUCACAGAUGAUUUUUUGCAGAAUGUUUAUGUGGCAGUAAAAUAUUUAAAUACUGUUGUGACUGGGUUGAGAAACAAAUGUAGAAAUUACUCUUAAAACCAUCCUCAGAAGUGGGGAAAAAAGUAUUUUAGAUGUUUAUAUUUGUAAAGAAAAGCCUGAUUUUUAAGAAUUUAGAACCAGUUUUAAAUCUGGAUUUGCCUUCUUUCAAAAAGACAGAUGAGAGUUUGUUGUGUUUAAAAGCUCCACUGCUGGAAGUUUUUAUUUUAUUAUUUUUUUUAGAUGUUCCUGACAGUAAAGGAGCGAGAAGAAGAUUUAUUUUUUAGUGUCUGUAAUUUUAUAUGUGAGGACGAGCACUUUAAAAUUAGCACUUGCAGGGACGUGGAGACGUUUUUAGAAGAGACGACGACGCAGUGGAAGUUUACGGAGACGUGAGCUGUGAAAUGAAGCGACUUACGAGUCCAUGCAUUCAUCCUUUCUUCUUACUCAGCGGGUACCAACUUAAUUUUCGUGGCUGAAAUGAUCUUAAAAAACUCCUUGGAUGAUUGUUACUUUUGACCUGUUUUGAAUUAAUUUGUUGAGAGUUUUACAUCAGAAGUUAAAUCUGUUUUCUUUUCACAAUGCAAUAACUUCUUCUUCUUCUUCUUCUUCUUCUUCUUCUUCUUCUUCCACUACUACUAAUAACAGCAGCUUGCAAUGCUAAUUUUUUUAUUAUUAUUAACCUUAAAAAGGGAAGAGAUGGAAAGAGAAAAUAAUAAAAGAUAAAAUGUACUCAAAAGCACCAUCUGCUGGUAGAAACUGAUUUAAAUUCAGUUGAUGUCAGAAUAUAUUAUAUAUAUAUAUAUAUAUAUUAGUAUGAAAUUAUUAUUUUACUUCCUGUUUCCAAAACGUGAUGCUUCAUUUAACUCGAGCUUUAAAUGACGUCAGGAAACCAAACCUGUGACCUCCACCAGACGUGGAUCCAGUUCAAACCUUCAGGACUGAAACUCAGACGUCUUCUUUACCCUGAACUUCUGCCAAAUGUUUAAUUUUUUUUUCUUUCUACUUUUGUACUCUUUGUGUUUUUUUAAAUGUCAAAUGCUUUAUUGAAACAACCGUCUGUGCCACGUUGUGACUGCAGGCUUCGGUCGCAUGUUUUUACCUUUCCACUGUUUCUGGUCUCGCUCUGUGAUUCUGAUCCUUGAAGGAAAUAUUCUCUGAUUAAAGAACAGAAUGAAACGUUGA